CAUGGCUUCAUCCUUCCUCUGCCUCCUCUUCAUCAGCCUCAGCACAGCAGAUGGAUUCAUGACUUACAGACUGUCUCGCUGUGACUUUAACUCCACUGAGCUGAAGGACAUCCAGUUCACCGACUCUUACUAUUACAACAUGAUAGAGAUCAUCAGGUUUGACAGCAAUGUGGGGAAGUUUGUUGGAUUCACUGACUUUGGAGUGAAGACCGCAGAGACCUGGAACAAUAUUCCUGCAAGGCUGGCUAGUAUGAGGGCUCAGAAGGGGACGUACUGCAAAUCAAACAUUGAUGUUAGAUACCACAAACUUACGUCUAAAUCAGGUGAGCGUGCGGUGAUCUGUGUGACAUCAUCAGGUGUUCCUGUUGACCUCACUCUGAAUCAUUUAUGAUGGACUCACAG